CCGCUUCUUUUAUAUUCAGACGCCAGUUGUCGUUGUCAUCACAGUCAUUUGCUGUCAUUAUUGAUAGGAUUGGUGACAGCGGUUCUUUAUCAGGAAAACUACAUUUUUCUGAUAGCUAGUUUGUAGUGAAAACAUAUCCGAGUGCGUUUAUCGGUUUUUCCUGUACAGUGUAGAGACAGUUGCAGGGAAGCAAAGGUCAGCAUGGCCACCCCUUCAAGCGGUGUGGUGGUUCCAAGGAAUUUCCGGCUGCUUGAGGAGCUGGAGGCUGGUCAGAAGGGCGUUUCUGACGGCACGAUCAGCUGGGGACUGGAAAACGACGACGACAUGACGCUCACACAUUGGAUGGGCAUGAUUAUUGGACCCCCACGAACCCCCUAUGAAAACCGAAUGUACUCGGUCAAGAUUGAGUGUGGACAGUCGUAUCCAGAUGAGGCACCAGUAGCUAAAUUUAUUUCUAGAAUAAACAUGAAUGGUAUUAAUAAUGGUACCGGAGUGGUGGAUCAUAGACAGAUUCCAGUGCUGGCGCAGUGGCACAGAGAGUCGACCAUUAAGAGUGUGCUUCAAGAGCUCCGUCGUUUAAUGACUCAAAAGGAAAACAUGAGACUGGCGCAGCCACCCGAGGGCAGUUGCUUCUAGCCAGGCGUGGAUCUGUUUGCAGAAGGGGGCAACCGAAGACGCGCCACAAACCUUCACCACGGGGCGUCUCGCUUUUUGGAACUGGACGCCGAAGAGUACACUUGUGGCGUUUUGUGAUGGCUUCUAUUUGCCUCGAGGAGCCCACAUUCGACACCCAAUCGAAUGUGCGCUUUCUUGCGCAUGCAUUUAUUGUCUACAAACACUCGUUUAGAUUUUGAGGCGCCCGCACUAAAUACUUUUUUAAGCAUAAUCAGUUAAUCGACACUAAAGUAAACCGCAAAUAACUCACGUGCUAUUCCAAACAUAGUGUGCUGGAAAUAUAUGUAAUUUUACAUGCGA